CCAGAAAAGUCAUGAGUUUGUAUUAUUGGUCAUAACAGAAGCAAUAAUUAGAAACUUUUCCUCCCACCAUCACAGCCCUAUAAAGUCCAUGACAUUCACAACCGAAGAAACGUAGAGCAGAGGAGAAAGACAAAUAAUACAAACAAAAGCAAAGACAGGAUGAGAAAAGAUUGCCAUCCUUUAUUGAGAGGAAAAACAGAAGAGACAAAGAAAUACAGACAUGGCUUCUCUUCAGCUGAAAUGGAUUCUCUUGCUAGCUUAUGCCAUACUAUUUGGCCACCAAUUUCUGCUGCUCAGCAUCAUAAUCAAGAACCUGCAAAUCCUGCAGUUCAGGAAUUCUUUAAAGCAUCAGGCUCUCAAUACCCUUUACCCGAUGAGGUUGCAGAGCUUAUAGCGAUGAGAGGGCUGAUAGAAGCAGUGAUGGUUGUUAGAUUGGUAUUGUUGCUGUUAUCGACAAGAUUAGGGACGUUAUUGCUUUCCGGGUCACUUUGUUUUGGAGAGAAAUGGCCAUUUAUAAAUAAGUUUUCAAGUAUUCCUGUGGAAAAGAGAGAAAAGGUAUUGCAGAAAUGGCUUAGGCAUCGGUUUCUGACACCUAUCAGACUUGCUUUCUUUUAUGUUAAGGCCAUUUGCCUCCAUGUUUUCUUCACUCAGAUCGAUGAAAAUGGAAACAACCCGGCAUGGGAAGCCAUUGGCUAUAAAGUACAAAACGAAGAGAAUGCAACACAAGUUCCAAAAGAGAGGCCUCUCGAGAAAGGAAUAGUAGAAACUAUGCACGAAUCUGACUCAACCUUUCUCAAUUCCAUUGCUCAAAAAGGCCUUAAAGUUGCACACGUUCCAGGACAUAAUCUCUGCAAGAUUAAAUGCGAUGUUGUCAUUGUUGGCUCUGGCUGCGGUGGAGGAGUUGCUGCUGCUGUACUUGCAGCUUCAGGACAAAAGGUUCUUGUUCUUGAGAAAGGAAACUAUUUUACUGCCAAAGAUUUUUCAGGUCUUGAAGGUCCUUCUUACAAUCAUCUGUAUGAAGCAGGAGGUCUCAUGCCAAGUGCUGAUGCGAAAUUUAUAAUUUUGGCAGGAUCUGUAGUUGGUGGAGGUUCUGCUGUUAAUUGGUCAGCUUGUAUCAAUACGCCAAACUAUGUACUUAAAGAAUGGGCUGAGAAUCAUAAAAUCCAGCUCUUUGGUAGUCCCGAAUAUCUUUCUGCGAUGGAUAUCGUUUGUAAGAGAAUUGGAGUUACAGAGAAUUGUGUCGAGGAAGGAUUUCAGAAUCAAGUUAUCAGAAAAGGAUGUGAAAAUCUUGGCCUUGAAAUCAAUACGGUACCUCGAAAUUCAUCGGAGAAACAUUAUUGUGGAUCAUGUGGCUAUGGUUGUCAAACAGGAGAUAAAAAGGGGACUGAUAGUACUUGGCUAGUUGAUGCUGUUAACAAUGGUGCAGUGAUCUUAACAGGAUGCAAGGCAGAAAGAUUCAUAUUAGAAGAAAAUAAUAAAAAGAGUGGUGGAAGUCAAAGGAAAAAGAAAUGCUUAGGAGUGAUUGCCAAAAUCCUGAAGAAUGACAAUAUUUGGAUGAGAUUACAAAUUGAGGCAAGGGUAACAAUCUCUGCUUGUGGUGCUCUUUCCACUCCCCCAUUAAUGAUCUCUAGCGGGUUAAAUAAUCCGAACAUCGGUCGAAAUCUUCAUCUCCAUCCUGUUCUAAUGACAUGGGGUUAUUUUCCUGAUUCGAAUACAGUGUUUAAAGGAAAAUCCUUUGAAGGAGGGAUUAUUACAUCAGUCCAUAAAGUGGCAUCAGAAGAUUCUAAUGUUAGGGCCAUCAUAGAAACUCCUCAAUUAGGGCCUGCAUCAUUCGCAGCAUUAUGUCCUUGGGAGUCUGUACUUGACUUUAAGGAAAGACUGCUUAAAUAUUCAAGAACUGCUAACCUGAUAACAAUAAUAAGAGAUCGUGGUUCUGGCGAAGUCAAGUCAGAAGGAAGGAUAGCCUAUAACUUUGAUGCACUAGACAUAGAAAAUCUCAAGGCAGGUCUCAGGCAAUCACUCAGGAUAUUAGUAGCUGCAGGAGCUGUCGAAGUUGGUACUCAUAGAAGUGAUGGGCAGAGACUUAAAUGCCAAGGCAUUACUAAAAAACAGUUGGAAGAAUUUCUAGAUACAGUUUCUCCACCAAGAGGGCCACUGUCACCAGGAAAGGAUUGGGUGGCCUACACUUCUGCACAUCAACUGGGGAGCUGCAGGAUGGGGAUUAGCGAAAAGGAAGGUGCGGUUGAUGAGAAUGGGGAGAGUUGGGAAGCAGAAGGCUUAUUUGUUUGUGAUGCUAGUGUACUACCUAGUGCCAUUGGUGUCAAUCCUAUGAUCACUAUCCAGUCUACUGCUUACUGUCUGUCGGAGAGAAUAUCCAAGUAUUUAAGGACAAAACAGCCUUAGCGAGCUUAGUGAACCCUAGUUUUCUUAUCUUCUCAUACACAAAGAAAAGAAGCUUCUAUAGGGAAAUGCAUUUGAUGUACUUCAUACUUAUUGCUAUAGAACUUUUUUAGAAUAAAAAAAUUGCAUUAUUACUCAAAUAUUACCUAUUCAGAACAAAGGGACAUGUGAAGUGAACAUAGUAAAAUAAGAAAUUGAAAGAUUUCGUUGAAAUUGUUCGUUUGGAAAUUUUCCGAAAAUAUGGAUUUCAAACAUUUAUGAUCUGGAUGUGAAUGAGUCGAAUUACUUAUCCCCCGGUCUAUUUCAGAACAAAGGGACAUGUGAAGUUAUGUAGCUUAUAUUUCAUUACAAUAGUUAUCACGUAUAAUGCUUUCUUGUUUCA